AUGGCUCUUAAAAGAAUAAAGAAAGAAUAUAGCGAUCUCCCUAAAGAUUUACCAACUAAUUGUUCUGUUUGUCUUAUUGAUGAUUAAGAUUUUUAUAAAUGGAAGGCAACAAUCUUAGGAUCUGAGGGAUCUCUUUACUACGGUGGCCGUUUCAACCUUUAAAUAGAAAUUCCUAUGGACUAUCCCUUCAGACCACCAAAAAUUUGGUUCUUAACUCGAAUAUAUCAUCCAAAUAUUAAUUCACAUGGAUAAUUAAGUUUAGAUAUAUUAAAAGAUUCAUGGUCUCCUGCCCUAAAAUUAAGUAAAAGUAAUUGAAACCUAUUGAUAAACAUAGUCCUUUCAGUUAUUUGUGAAGUAUUGGAAAAUCCAAAUCCAGAUGAUCCAUUAGAUCCAGAAAUUGCAAAAAUUUAUAAAUACAAUAAACAAUUCUUUAUACAAAAUGUAUAAGAAUGGAUCAAAAAGUAUGCAAUUUGA